GACUUUCUUUUAACCAUUACAUAUACACGAAAUUGGUUAAUAUUUAUGAAUAUGUUAUUUAUGUGUGCAAUAUUCAGGGCUUGUUAUUUACAUUUGUUUGGUUAACCCUUUAAACCUUGAACCGGAACUUUCAAUACCAGUUGUGUUUCUGCAUCGGUACAAUAAUAUACGACGUUGCAGACAGAUACGCCAUUUUGGCUCUCGUGUUACAUUUGUGGACAUUGAAAUAAUGUGAGGGUAGAGUGAAGGUGACCACGGCAGAAGACGUCUCGCUACACAUCAGAUAUUUCUUCCGGGUUUCUCCACUUGGAACCCGAAGGUCGUGUGUGAUUCGAGUAUGGCUGCAUCGUUGGUGUUCAGGAGAUGGUGCUCCACAACUGUAUCAGAAGCAGCAGCAGCAGCACCAACGAAAGGCACACGAUGGCAACGAUUACGGAACAGCCGUGUAGGUGUGUGGUGCAGCAGCCUGUUUGGCGACUACAAGGAAGCCAUACGUGAGUCAGUGGUGGGAGCCUGGGAGCGUCCCAUCAAAUCUGGGGUCUACCUCAGCCUUUUGGGGGGCGCCUGGGCCUGCUUCUACACAAACCCUGAGGAGGGCUCCUUUGAGACCAGCCUGAAGGAGAUGACCAACCAACUGGGCCUCCUCUCGCCGUGGAUUCGCAAUGGUGUGUCAGACGGCCACAUGCAGAAGCUGGUCAAGCUCCAAAACCAGGGUUGCCUGCGCCAUGUCAGCCUGGGAGUGGCGUCACUGACCUACAGGGCUGACUACGACCCAGACUCCAGCUUGUACGAGGCGCGCUGCUCGGCGUUAUCAGUGCCCUGGCGUGAGCUGCCCGACCGGAUGCUGGAUGUGGGUUUCGCUGGCCGCUGGUGGGUGCUGGACAACAAGAUGAAGGACUAUGACGUGAACGACGAGGAGUUCCGUCACCUGCCGCCGGCGCUCUUUGCCACGGUGCCACCGGCGCCACAGGUGACGGAGCUCAACGAGCAGAUGCACAAGGACUCCUGGAAGCCCAUCGCCAUGCAGGAGGACGAGGAGGAGCGGGAGAGGCUGAGGGCCGCCGAGGAGGGAGAGGGAGAGGGAGUGGAGGGGACCCAGAGUGAGGCUGUGGGACUGACUCAGGAACAGGCUCAGACAUAAAUCUGUCCCCCAGAGGAUGCACCGAGGAGGAAAUGCUAUCUGUUGACUCACCUGCUGACUAAUUUUACAGACUAACAUGAGGGCAAAUGUGAAGAGUUUACUCAAAGCCAAAAAUGUGCUCAUCCUCAUAUUGAGAGAGAGAGAGAGACUUCAAAUAACCUAUAGGGCAAUAUGGAAGAGUAUUCUUACCAUGCAGUCUGUCAGCAGAAAAUGUGGAAAUGUGAGCGCAAAGCAAAAUACUGACUAUAUUUCAUUACCUGACAUCUUCCAUAUAAUGUUGUGUCAUAACAGUCAUUGUAAUGGGAUUUCGGUUUCUUCUGUCAUUUACAAAAAUGUCAACUUCUGCUGUGCAGCUUCAACCGUUUUGCUAGCUACCAGUCGAUGUCAGAUUAAUUCUAUGGGUCAAGAAAGCAGAUGGUAGCUGUAAUGUACCCUUUCUCUAAAAUGAGGAGAGGAGGAGAUGCUGGUGUAAGAGUUGGAAUUGGAGGAGGAACCCAAUAAAGUAUCUCACAAAAAGCAGAAUUUUACAAUGCUUCUGUAUUCCAGAAUUCUAUGACCUAUGUCAGGCAGUUUGUUGAGGAUCAUGUUGUUUAUCAAAUGUUUCACCAUCUUUAAAUGAAGUAUGAUAAUUGAUAUGAUUUUGAGCAAUAUGCCCCUCACAGUAUGACUACAAGUCUUCCAUGUGACUUUUAUCAAUGGAUCUUAACUGCCUGAAUUAAAUACUGGCUUCAACGAGA